CCUAAUACAGAAAGAUUGAGUUCGUAUGAAGAGCUCAAGAGGCCGGCAAGAGGUUGGAACAAUUGUGGCAAGUUAUAAAAGGUUUCAAGACCGGAACAUACUCAUAUUGGACCCAAAAAGGUGAACUAGUUACGGUUACCUAGUAUACUGAAAAUCAAACGCUUCUCCAGCUCACAAGCCUGCUAAAUGGCAGUGCAAAUGAAGCACUCGAAAGUGGUGAGAUGUUUGCGAAUAAUGUUUGCUGAAACCGCAGCCGUAGAAACGAUGAGCUGCACGAGUUUUACCGUGACAUUGAAAUAGUUUAGCGAAUAAAGAGACAGUGGAUGGAAGCACUGCAGCUUUAAAAAUAGAAGAAGGAAGAAAAAGACAUGCACUCCUUUGGAAGGAUCAGGUGCAGAGCGAACUGCUUUCAUUUUGCUGCUAAAACUGUUCGAAAAUUGGGAUUCAUUCAAAACAUAAUGGCAAACCCCCAUCUUUUUAAUAAGCCAAUUCCAAGGCCAUGAAAUUGAGUAUUUUACGUUAGUUCUUGUUGAUAGCAACUUGUCUAUGAAAAAACACCCUUUACUUACGCAUUUUACUCUAACUAUUCCUUUAUGAAAAACAUAUUGAAAUUUAAUCCAACAAUUCAUCAGACCAGACUGCAGAUCAAAUGUUGUUACGAGCUUAGCAAACAAUGAGAAUCCCCUCAUCCCAUCAUCAAUAAAGUAGAAAAAAAAAAUAGAUAAAAGUGAACGAAACGCCGAUGUUGUUUACACCAACAAAUAAGUGGAUAUUUGCGAAAUGGCGAGAUAUGCAAACCAAGCGUGGGAAAACCGGCAGUGUCACUACGGGCGUACGCUCAUCCCACGAAACUUCCUCGUGUGCGAUUUCACGACGACACUGAGCACAGUCUUAUUUCACUUGCCGAGCGGUUUAAACGAUAGAGAUUUCGAGUUGCGGCAUAUCGGUGAAAUACGCGCUUUUUUCAGCGACUGUUGGGUUUUUUUAGCUACAAGCGUAACGGUGUUUUGGUGCUUUUUGGUGUGUUUGAAUGACAGCGACGACAUUUUUAACGUUAUUAAAAUAUUAUCACAAGCUUGACGCAGUCGAUGAUCUUCAAGAAAAAUGUAAUUUACACGCAUUUACAUAUUUACAAUCUCAACAACAACAACAACAACAACAACAUCAACACCCAGUGCAAAUAGAAGCAACAAUGACAAAUAUGGAAUUUGAAAUGCAAACAACAACCAACACCGCUUCGGUGCCGCUUGAAGCAGCUGCAACAACUACAGCAAUAGCAUUGAUAACAACGCCAGCUGAAGAUUCCUCGGCCACAAGCAACAUCAUCGAUGCCAUCGGUGAGGCGACCAUCUUUUGGGCCACCUGCAAUACACUGAUUAUGGCCUGCAUACUCGCCGGCAAUGCACUCACCAUUUUGGCUAUAAUCACUUGCCGUCGCUUGCGCCGCCUAAUCUCGAAUACGUUCAUACUAACGCUGGCGAUAUCGGACUUUGCCGUCGGCAUAACGCUGCCCUAUCACAUCGCCUUCUAUGUGGGCUCCAAUUUGGGUCAAUCGGAAAUUUUGUGCAUGCUGCGGUUUUUCCUCAUGAUCUUCAGCUGUUGCGUGUCGAUAUUGACGCUCAUCACCAUCGCCGUGGAUCGGUAUAUAGCGAUCGUCUAUGCUUUGCAUUAUCGACGUUUCAUGACGCGUCGCGUCGCCUGCAUCAUCAUCGCCGUCAAUCUGAGUGCUGGCAUUACCGUGGCCACUGUACCGUUGUUUUAUAAUCGUUUCAAAACGGCAAUUGAAUGCGAAUUCUAUGAAGUGUUGCCCACCUGGUACAUGGCGGGUAUCAUAACGCCAGCUUUUGUAUUGGUCUGGUCGCUUAUGCUUUUGAUUUAUUGGCGUAUAAUGCGUGAAGCGGCUAAGCAGUCAGCGCAAUCGCGUUGCAAGCGUGAAGUGCAGAGUUGGGGUAGUAGCAGACAAGCGUUGCGUAUGCCGGAUUGGAAAUCGAUGCAGGUUGCCAUAUUCAUUAUGGGCUGCUUUUCGAUUUGCUGGCUCACAUACUUUGUUGUUGUUUGUAUGGAAAUGCUAAAGAUUUGCACCAUAUCACUGACACUCUACAAAAUGGCUUUCUCUCUGGCAAUGAUGAAUUCCGCUAUGAAUCCCUUGAUUUAUUGCUGGAAGAAUACAACAUUCCGUUGCGCCUAUUGGCGUUUGCUGCGUUGCAAAAAUCCCAAUUAUAACAAACCAUACAAGGCGGAAGUGCGCCACCAACAUAGCGGAGACUCAGCGCAGUGCCUGCAGCGACGGUAUAGUGGCGCGCUUACAAUAGCAGUGAUACCGGUGCCGCUGCCUGCGCCGGUCAAAGUUAAUGAACUCUCAAAUGAAAGUGAGUUGGGUGAUGCGGUUGAUGCGGAUGCAGCGAGAGUAGUGUAGAUAUGACUGAGGCGGAGUGCCAGAAAUAUUUAGAAUAAGUAUAAUAAAUAUUAGACUAAUGGAAAAGUCACGAAAGUGGACAAAUAAAAAAUUUCAUUAAUAUUACAAGAUUAUUUUCGUAUUUUCUCCUUAAAUGUAUGUAAUAUGUCCGUAACAACGUCCAGCAUUCAGUCGACAUAGACGCCCAGCAGAGUCGGUAAUUCGAGCCACCAUGCAAUGGUUACGCACCACGUUUAUUCUAGUGUAUAAUGCCCAUCCUCAGAGACACCGUACAGCGCGCACCGAAGACGGACGCUAUUGUUAUUGUAGAGAAGAGUAUCGAAGAAGACCCGAAUGCGUCCAAACGCCAACGCGCGCAACAGUUGGGACUGUGCUCAUACACUUUAUGGACCAUCAAGCGCGUCGCACGUUCGGUGAUCCAAAUCCGAAAUGGAUAUGGUAUUUAGAGUGAUGAUAAUUCACAAGUCAUUGUUUAGACGCCGUUACAUCCACGAAAACACGUUGUUUGGUAUGUUCUAUGGGCAGAGGGAAUCAUUUGGCCAAGUUACCUCUAAAAAAUAAAGCCGCACAUGCUGUAACAGUCAAAUGGGAACACUAUGGAGCCAUGACUAAAGACUUUUUCGUGCCUGAAUCGGCAGAUGUUAAUGUGAUCGACCUUUGGUUCCAACAAGAAGGCUUCACGUGGCUUCCAAACUCUUACGACUUAACACCGCUGAACUACUUUUUGUGGGGUUAUAUCAAAACGCUGUAGCGGAGUGGUCCAGUCCAUUGACUGGUGUCGUACUAUCAUCCAAAAGGUUUUAGAAA